CAGACACGUUCACAUACACAGAGACAUAAUAGUCAGCCAGCGCUGCACGGUUGCCUGUGGGACUUGUACUGCUAGUGGACUGGUCUGGACCUCCAAGCCACCCGCAAACACUGAGCUAAGUGGAGGAACAGAUAAAUAUUUUUUCAAGGUGGACUGGAAUGAAACCGAAUGGAAAACACAUGGAUGAUUAUGAAGUCUUGUACACAGUGAAUAAAAAUGCUGAGUAAAGUUGAUGGAUAAUUGUACAUGGGAUGUACCCUUGAAUAUUGAAACGACUGCUUACUCUAAAGGAAAUCGGAGAGGACAAAGAGGAAAGUUCCAUUCUAAAACCUCAGCUUAGCCCAGAGGAAGAGGAUGGGUUGUACCAUGAUGGCCUGCCUCCUCCUGCUCCUCCCCUUAAUCCUCAUGAGAACCAGCCUGGCCCAGGACCUCACCGGGUCCACCACCACCGACAUGGACAACGUUCAAACCCAGACCACCAAUCAGACGGCGCCGAUAACCUCCACCACCGCGGAGCCCGUAACCUUGCUAUUAACCACAGAGUUUGCUGGCGUGUCGACGCCCAGCGGCGACACUGUAGAUGAUGAGGAUGCCGUCCCGACCACGGGCACCCGUUGUCAAGGUUACUACGACGUGAUGGGCCAGUGGGACCCGCCUUUCAACUGCAACAUGGGCGUUUUCCUCUACUGCUGCGGCACCUGCUUCUACCGUUUCUGCUGCCAGUUCAGAGGGCAGCGUCUCGACCAGAGCAUCUGUUCAAACUAUGACACGCCCAUCUGGGCCAACACGGGCAAACCAUUCACCACGGUGACCGAGAACCACAGCGAUCAGGAGAGGGACCGCACCCACAUGAUCGUUUAUAUCAUCUGUGGCGUGGUGGCCGUCAUGGUGCUGGUGGGCAUCUUCACUAAGCUGGGCCUGGAGAAGAGCAGGGGAGCGACUGGACCGCAGAAUGACCUCAGCAAUUCCAGGGAAUAUGAAGUUCUACAGAAAGUGAGAGGGAGAAUAAAAGAUGGAGGAGAAGAAAGGCACAAAGGAAGAGAGACAAAGAGAGAGAGGAGAUCACAGUAUGGCCAGAGGACCCUGACUGAACUUCUUAAGCAGCCCGCAGGGGAGGUGAGCUCAGUGGAGAAAAAUCCCCCUGUCGGAACCAACGGCAUCUCUGCUAGGAUGCUACGCAGCCGCAGUGAGCACUACCACCUGAACAAUUCAGCAUUUUACCCAGGAAUGCCUCCAGCUCACAGCAACCUCAGCGGACUGGGCGUCAACAAGUACACCUCCCUCAGGGCAGUGGCGGACACUGCCUCUCGGGGAUACUAUAAGAGCUACCCUUUAAUGGACUUCUCCCAGUACCAGACGCCCGCUCCAGCCUUCCAGCCAAUCUCCCUGCACCCCAAAGACAAAUCCUACCUCCACCAGGACCAGCACCAGCUGCCCUCGCACCGCGACAUCCAUGCACCCCUCUCCAUCACCAUCCCCCAGAACCACCUGGAGAGUUCCCGCCUGUCCAAGACCACCAGCCACCCCCUGUUCUCCAGCUCAGCCUUCAAAGCCUGGGACACCAGUGGACGGCAUGUCCAGAGGCAGACCUCCCAUCCUGGGCACAGCUCGGCCCGCCGGCACGCCUACUCCACCAGGAGACAGCACAGUGUGGAGAAUUUGCCAGAACUGCUCAACCACCCUGCGCCGUACAGCCACCCAUCCUACUACCACCACACUAGGCAUAAGAGCUACUCUACCAACAGCAAGACAGAGGUCACCGUUUGAUCCCGAGUGCACCCAUAGAGGACACAGAUAUGGGAACAGACAGCUAGACAUUUGGGACACAGAGGUGUUUCCUGGACACUGGACGAAAUGGGGUGUCAGUAUCAGUACAAUAACUUUCCAACAGACAUCAGAGAAAGUGAUGAAGACGGAGAACAAGCUCUGAGCCUCGGCACCCCGACCUUCCACAGCCUCACAUCUCCUUGAUACACUAAACCAUUCUCUACCACAGCUCUCCAUGGACAGCACUCUGCUGCCAUUCCUCUGCCGGUGCCAUACAUCCCAUAAUAAGCUCCCCUCUCUGCCCCUGGAAAGAGUGUGAUCUCAGGGUGUUUGAGCUAGUGGCACCCAAGGGCCACAUCAACACAAAGGGGACAAUACCUUCAUCACUUCAUCACACCCUGACGCAGGAGAAUAAGAAACAAAGAGAGAGAGGGGGUGAGAAAAUGCUAAAUAAAGAGAGAUAGAGGGGGAGAGAGAAAGAGGGAGAGA